AUGGGUGUAUUCGAACUAGGAAUUCCUACCGGUGUAAUUACUGGCGAACAUGUUCGUAAAUUAUUUAAUUAUGCGAAAAGUGAAGGUUUCGCCAUUCCAGCGGUUAACGUUUCCUCUUCGUCGACCAUCAAUGCUGUCUUGGAAGCCGCUCGUGAUAUAAAGGCACCAAUUAUUAUUCAACUUUCCCAAGGUGGCUCCGCUUUUUAUGCGGGUAAGGGUAUAAGCAAUGAGAAUCAAAGAGCCAGUAUUAAAGGUUCUAUCUCUGCGGCACACCAUAUAAGGCUCCUGGCGAAGGAGUACGAAGUUCCUGUCGUAUUGCAUUCUGAUCAUUGUGCCGAAAAACUUUUGCCUUGGUUCGACGGAAUGUUGGAAGCCGAUGAAGAAUAUUUCGCGAAGCACGGCGAACCUCUAUUCAGCUCUCAUAUGCUUGAUCUCUCCGAGCUACCAAGGGAUAGAAAUAUUGAAAUCUGUGAAAAAUACCUUACGCGUAUGUCGAAGAUUAAUUUAUUGCUUGAGAUGGAAAUCGGUAUCACUGGUGGAGAGGAAGAUGGUGUUAACAACACUGAUAUCGAUAACGCGUCUCUAUACACACAACCCGAAGACAUUUAUGAAGUAUAUCGUAGAUUGAGCAAAAUUAGCGAUCUGUUUACAAUCGCUGCUGCUUUCGGUAAUGUUCACGGCGUCUACAAACCGGGCAAUGUAAAAUUGACUCCAAUUUUGCUUAAAAAACAUCAAGAUUAUAUUAAAGAUCAGCUGAAAUGCAAGGACGAUAAACCUGUAUGGCUCGUGUUCCAUGGUGGCAGCGGUUCGGUCAAAAAUGAGAUUCGUGAGGCUGUUGGAUAUGGUGUGAUCAAGAUGAAUGUGGACACGGAUACCCAGUGGGCCUAUUGGGAGGGCAUAAAGAAUUUCUACGAAAGUAAAAAAGGUUAUCUUCAAUCCCAAGUGGGUAAUCCUGAAGGCGAAGAUAAGCCCAACAAAAAAUACUAUGAUCCCCGUGUGUUCAUUCGUGAAGCUGAAAAGUCUAUGAUUAAGCGUGUUAAGGAAGCUUGCGAAGAUUUAGGCAAUGUUAAUCGUUUGUAG